AACAUGAUUUACGGACGUGUUCAUCGGUUACUUUUGCGUUCAAUAAUAAGUCAAGGCGUAAUAUCUUUGAUGGAAGCUGAGCGAGUUGUUAAUGCAGACCAACAAGAUAAAUCAAUAGAAGAUUUGGUGAAGGAGAUUAAUAAUGAGAUAAGGCCUUUUCAACAAAUACUGAAAAUUACAAGGGAUGAACUUACAAAUGAGGAUGUUAUUGUAUUCUUAUCAUUGGGUUAUGAUGAUGCAACUAAAGCACAGAAUGUAUUCUCAGCAACAGAGUUAGAAUACUUUAGGGUUCUUAUUGAGCAGAUUAUGACAACAGAGGCUAGACAGAUUACCAAUAUACAUGCCAUGAAUUUAGUAGGAAGUAUGAAAUCAUCCUUUACCAAGACAGAUGCACAGAAACUUCUUAAUACAUGGUGCCGUAUGCGAUAUCUUGACAAAGAUGAUAAGAAUUAUGCUUUGGGGGUAAGAGCUAUCCAUGAGUUUGAAAGCUAUUUUCGCCAAAAUAUGCCAGAUGCUGUUGAAGAUUGUUGUUUAUGUAAACAAAUAGUUCUAAGAGGUUUCAAUUGUCCUUCAUGUGGUUAUGCUGUUCAUAACCGAUGUCUCAAUAAGUAUUUGGAAAAAGUUGAGAAGUGGCCUUGCUGCAAGACAGAUUUUGAUCUUUCACAGUUAGAACAGCUACGCAAUGCUGAUAAUUCCAGACUGUCACAUACACAGCAAAUGCAAACACAACAUUCAGCAGAAUAUAACACUACAGCCGAACUAACACAGGCAACCACCACAGAUGUAGACUUGACACAGCAAAGUAGUGAUCCUGAAGACAUUAUACCAGAGAUUUCACAGAGAAUCAAUAGAAAGAGGAAGCACCGUGAGUGAAUAUAUAAAAAUACUUAUUUGAGACUGUUAAUAAUUUGUAUGUACAUUUUUCUUGAAAUAUACCAAUAUUUUAUUACGAUUGUUUU